UUUUGUGAGGAGGGAGAGAGAGGGAUAACUAAGGAAUCAUUCAAUUCAAUCUGCGCACAAAGCUGAGAUAAAAUCGAGGAAAUCGUCGCGAGAGUGAUGCAUUGAAAUCGACCAACUUCCGUUACCAUAAUGAUGCGCAGACGAAUGAGACGAAUCGCCUGCUGAGUUCCACGCAUCAUGGCGACGCUCAGCUGGUAGUGAGUAGUGAGUCUGCUGCUGCUGAUCAGUAAUCAGUGAGGGGUAUGUGACGGCUGUGCUUGGACAACUAUUGCGACGGCAUCGUUACACCUCGAUCACGUUUGCCGAGCAUCAAGUCAUCGGUGGAUGUUGUCGCGCCGCGACGAGCGGCGAUACAGGUGAAAUGGCAAGCAGCACGGUCGUCAAAUGUGCGUCAAAAAUCGCUGUCGCGCUGUCGCCGUCGUCACCGUGUCUUCACGGAAGCCUGUAAUCGCUCGCGCGGAACGAGAGAGCGGGAUCGCGAUCUGGAGUAGACGUGCGAAUGCGACGUGUGAGCGAUCUGCAAAGCUGACAGCUCGCCGCCAGUGAGAGAGAAAGAGAGAGAGAGAGAGAGAGAAACAGACAAAGAGAGAGAGAGAGAAAGAGAGAACCAUGGGCAACUGCUUGAAACGCGCCACCGGCAACCAACAGGACAAUACCACUCUCCUGAGCAAUAAUCCCGAACCCAAUGUAUCCACAAGCGGAUCUUCGCAGGAGGGUCUUGGACCACCAAUCCCCUACAACGUAAUUCACCAAGCAGCUUAUUAUCCGUCGAUCGCUACGAGGGAACGUCAUUUACAAUCUACCAACUUGCAUAUUGGUCGUGGGAUCGGAGUCAAUUUAGUACAGACUACUGGCUCUGCCGGUUUGAGCGAAGAGGAACAACAAGUGAGAAUUGCGAAACGUAUAGGACUGAUACAGCAUUUGCCGAUGCGGGAGUACGACGGUGCUAAAAAGGGCGAGUGCGUGAUAUGCAUGAUGGAGCUGCAGGCGGGCGAAGAAGUGCGCUAUUUACCCUGCAUGCACACCUACCACGCGGUCUGCAUCGACGACUGGUUGCUGCGCUCGCUGACAUGUCCGUCAUGUAUGGAGCCGGUGGACGCGGCACUAAUUAGCUCAUAUCAUCCGACUACUUAAUACAGGAGUGACGGAAAUUUUCAUCGGUUUAGCCGAACGGCAAAUCGCGAUUAAAUUAUCAGGCUAAACACGAAGCGCAACUAAAGUGGGAGCGAGAAAAAUAGAGAAAGUCACUACUUUUGCUAUAGAACGUAUAAAGGCUUCUGGGUAGUAGAGAGAUCACGUGUUAAUGAUCCGAUUGUAUUUCGCAGUUACACGAUAUAUACAUGCGCGCGCGUGCUGUUUAAUAUAAUAAUCUCUACCACAAAGAACACACUUUCCCUAUAAAUUCGCAAAUAUUUUGUUUUUUUUUUUUUAGCUCAUUUCCUAUGAGAAGGAGAACGAGAAUUGAUUUUAAUUAAAUCCUAGUAAACACAUCACGAUUCCGAAAUUCUUUUUCGUAGACGAAUUUUAAUUAUAUUAUUUGUAUAUUGAUUUUUCAAUUAAAAAAAGAAGAUGAAGAGGCGGCUCGAUGUAAAAGUGCAAUAAAACGUUGAGUAUAAGCCUCGUGUGCACCGAUAGGUAUAGUCGAAACAAUAAGUAUA